UAAAACAAGAUAGCCCACUGCUUUACGCAGGGUUUGAGUAGCAGGCUGACGGCGGGACGUUGCGCACUCCUCAGUGGUCGAGAGCCGCUGCCCCAGUGUACAAAUAAUCCUACUGUCAAGCAAAACAGAGAGGAGAGUGUCAGCUGCAGCUUGUGCUUCCCUCUGCUUUGCUUAUUUUUCUGCGGUGUGUGUGUUUUUUUUUUUUCUUUCGCCGAUGGUUGUUGGUGUUCCUGUUUCACCAGGGCCUGAUCUCAGGCGCUGCAGGCGACAGUAGCAGGUCAAAUGUUUCCACCUCGACGUCGGAGGGACACAUAAUGAACAUGGGCAUCACCCCUUCAGAGAUAUCCUCCUCUUCUUCUUCUUCCUCCUCCUCCUCCUCCUUCACCGCCUGACUGGUUGGCCGCCUCUUCGUUAAUCCAAUUCAGGAGAUCAUCUUUUCCAACCUUUCCUGAGGUUACACCAUCAAGACGGCUUUAUCUCAGAAAGCCAGCUCUGUGGCGGUGAAGAUGACCACGGCACGGUACCGUCCCACCUGGGAGCUGGCCGUGGACCCCCUGGUCUCAUGUAAGCUGUGCCUUGGAGAGUUCCCUCUGGAGCAGAUGACCACCAUCACACAGUGCCAAUGUGUCUUCUGUACACUGUGCCUGAAGCAGUAUGUGGAGCUCCUGAUUAAAGAAGGCCUUGAAACUGCAAUUAGCUGUCCAGACUCUGCCUGUCCCAAAAGAGGACACUUGCAGGAAAGUGAGAUUGAGUGCAUGGUGGCCACGGAAAUGAUGCAGAGAUACAAGAAGCUUCAGUUUGAGAGGGAGGUGCUGCUGGACCCGUGCCGGACGUGGUGCCCUUCUUCGACCUGCCAGGCUGUGUGCCAACUAAAGGAAUCAGAUUCUCCAGCGCUGCCCCAGCUGGUCCAGUGCGCCGUCUGUGCCCUCGAGUUCUGCUCGGCCUGCAAGGCCAAUUGGCACCCCGGGCAGGCCUGCCAGGAGAACAACCUGCCCAUUACCUCCUUCCUACCAGGAGAAAACAGCUCUUUCUAUAAGAAUGAAGAGGAUGACGCACCAAUCAAGCGCUGUCCUAAAUGUAAAGUUUACAUCGAGAGGGACGAGGGCUGUGCGCAGAUGAUGUGCAAGAACUGCAAACAUGCCUUCUGCUGGUACUGUCUGGAGUCCCUGGACGAUGACUUUCUCCUGAUCCACUACGACAAAGGGCCCUGUCGAAACAAACUGGGCCACUCCAGGGCGUCUGUUAUCUGGCACAGAACACAGGUUGUGGGGAUCUUUGCUGGUUUCGGCCUGCUCCUGCUGGUUGCCUCCCCCUUCCUCCUUCUGGCCACUCCCAUCGUCCUCUGCUGCAAGUGCAAGUGCAGCAAAGGCGAUGACGACCCCUUGCCAACCUAAACACGCCAAAAGGGCUGGAGUGGAGAGUCGCUCCGAGGAUGGGCCAUCUUUUUUCCUUUUCACCCCUUUACAUUGUUUUCCUUCCAGCAGCUUUGAGUGCUUCAUUUUUUGGGCUGAGCCCCCCCCCCCCGGCCGCUUCGGGAUCCAUCGCUCUGCAUGAGAGAGGCAUGGUAGAAAAGCGACCCUACACCUUGGCCUGAAGAGAGGUGCAGGGUCAAAGGUCAGAGGAGGUCAGACUUGUCUAAGGACCACUGUGUCUGUGUGUGUAAGACGUUGAUGGUUUGGGGAUGUGAAAGAAGACUGGGCCACUUUUAGGUGGCCUUACUGUGGGUUACUGAGGUGUGGUAUUUUGGCGGGUCAUUACAAAGAAAAAAAAUCAAUGUUAAGAAAUGCUUUUCUCUUGUAUGGACAAUAUCAUGCAGGAGCCACCUUAGAAAAAAACUUUUAAUUUUUUCGCAAUGUUUUGUCGGUUUGUCGUACGCAACAAAAGCUUUUUCUUUCCCACCACCACACCUGAUGUAGCUCUACAGAUUCAGUCAGUAGCAUUAGAGUUACACCGCGCAUCUUUGGUGUUCACUCGAUUUGCACACGGAACAUGAUUUCGCUGUCGUGUUCACGACUGAGGUAGAGAUGGGCGGCUGUUGUCACUCUCAACUCAAUGUACAGCACGUCCUCUUGAUGAUGUCAAUGUUUUAUAACCUGUCGCUUUUAAUAGAACCGUGCUCAGAGUAGUGUCUAUGUGUUGUACUUUUGAGUGUUUUCCAAACUGUAAGGUACACUUGUUAAAGGGGAUUACCACUCAAAGCUCAAAAUACACUUAUUUUCUGUGGUCAAGUGACAAGGACAACUAGUUUUGUUAACUAUCAGCCUAUGUUUUAUACCCAAAUGUUCUUUUUGUAAUUAUUGUCACCAUCUCUCCUAAUUCGUUCUCUUUGACGCACCUCCAGAUUGGAGUCUUCUUUGUAAGAGAGAGAUUGUGUUUCCAGAUGUUACAGAUUUUCAUAAUCCUAGAUCCAGAAAUGUCCAGAAAUUGAGUGGUGCUCCCCUUUAGGUUUAGCAUUAACUUAAAGUCUAUCAGAGGACUUUGUACCCACAUGUUGUGGAACCAUUUUAAUACUUCACUAAAAGAGAUGUCACACCUGUAAUUCUCAGUCCCCAGGUGAUGGUUUAGCCAAAUAGAAAUUAAUAGCCUUAAAUUGACACAAGCCAAAAUCAGGCAUUUCCCCCUCCCUGUGCUUUAAAAAGAGUUCAAAGUCAAAAUCCAAAUAAUCCCAGGGAAAGCAUGUUUAAAGGCAUUUUUAAAGCAUAACAGACAGUCAGUGAAGCCCUUUAUAUUCAGAUGAUUCUAUGAUGUCAUCCAUAUGCCACACUGUUAAUAGCCAUAAUGUAAAAAAAGAAAAAAAAAAAGAAAAAAGGAAGAAAAAAACAAAACAACCGUCCUGAUGUCUUGUGUGACCUAGGGCCUGUACUUCCUAAGCCUCUUUGAGCAGGAGUGCUCAUCAACAUCCAUCCAAUCCAUUUGAAACUUAACUCAGAUCUCCCACUCUUUGAGACUUGGCCCAAAUUGCAAACUUGCAUACGUUAGUGGUCCGAGUGUCGAUGUUUUGUUUUGUUGGUAGGUAGACCUCCAACAACAAGCAGCUAUUCCGUGCAGGGAUGUCAGAAAAAAAAAAAAGCCUAUAGAGUAAAUAUAAAAGAAUGUUCCAUUUUUGGGCACACAAUUAUGAAGCUGCUCUAUACUAUAUCACUUUAUCUAUGCAAGUUUGUACAUUACCAUUCUUAAAAGGCUAUCGAUUGGUCAUAAUCAUGGGUAAUCUGUGUGGCAAAAGCUGCCGAAUGUCACUAUACAUGUGCAUAUCAUGGCUUUUAUUUAAUCAGGGAAUUGUUCAGAAACCAUCCAUUCACUUUCAUCAUCUGUGUUGCUGUUAUCUGUCUUUUACCAAUAUUUUAAGGUUGCUAGCUUGAACUCCUGGACAGAAUUUGGUAAUUUUUCAGUACAGUACAGUAGAACAACUUCACAAAAACAGUUAUUUCAUGUUACGUCAGUAAAGGUGAGAAAAGAAAUGUAUAAACCGAUUAAAUUGAGUUUUGCCACCAUGCAAAGCCAUUCCAGUGUUCUCAAUAAGCCAUUUACUUUAUCCAUUCUUCUGUGUUCAUGUAGCAUUUCAUGAUCAGUGUGGCUACAGUUAACAUACAAGGUGGUCAAUAGUAUAUAGAAACAUAAAUAUAACGGUAGCUAACCUAAGAUAAACAGUAGCUAAUCAUCUGCAACUCCCUUCUGUUCUCAUAAAUUUAGCUCCGAUAUUCCGUAUUAUAAUCCUUGUUAUCAGUAGCCUUACAUUUUGAGUACCUUACCUGUAGCCUGUGUUGCUUUCACUGACCUGACCUACUGUAUGAGCAUGGUAAUUUGAUAUCAAAGCCAGUCCAAUUUUCUACCUUUAAAGUUUAGUUCCUAAACCCUAAAAUAGUUUAAUUCCAGAAGCUUUUGUUGUUUUAAUGACAAUCGUGCCAAGCAGAUUUCCUGGAAGGGAUGAGGAAACAGAGCUGUCUACUGUUUGUGCAUUUUGACCAUGUAUUUGUAAUGUAUUAACAGUUUUUACAGGGUGGAAAAUAUUUAAUGCUUCUUUUAUGUAAGCGCUGCACUGUAUAUUGGUUCCAUUGUUUUACUUCUUGAUAUGAUCUGUGAUGUGUGUGGUAUGGUGCCUGCUGUCUUUAAUGGAGGAGUUAAACAGCUGAAAUCAAUGUCAACUCAACAGAAAAGUCAAUACAUAUGAGAGAAUUGCAACUGUACUUUGUAAGGGUUUUCACAGUUUCAUCUAUCAGGGGUCUGUCUAUCACCAGGAUACAAACGGUUUUCAAAUAUAUUCAUUCAAACACACAGAUAACAAAGUUUGAGCAGGCACAAGCUAACAACAAGUCAAAUAAAAUCAUGACAACCUCCAUUUUUUCACACAACAUUCUUCGUUACUUCUGUUUGCUGGCACCAAUGAACAGGUAGAUUCUGUAUUAUGCAACAAACAUAAAAGGGCCAAACAGCAAACAUAAAAAUCACUGCAGUGUCACGUUGCAUAAUUAUUCAUUUUCUAGGGCCAUGAGAUGUUUGUCAGGGCUCCAUAUAAAGGUUUAUAAAACCACCUAACAUCAGCGCAGGUGUUGGAACAGGACAGUUUGACAGAGUUAAAGGCUUCUGGCAUUUGGCCCUCGAAUGAGAAGUAAGGUAAAAGUGUAUUUUACAAAGGCUCGAGAUCUACUCUGCAGCUAUCCUAAGAUCAAGUUUGGUUACGAGCAGCAAUUUAUAUUUUAUAACCUGUUGUGUCAAGAGAUGAAGCUGCAUGAUUUUUCUCUGACUUCUACUUGUGAAAUAUUACUAUAUUGUAGCCUCUAAAGAUCUUUGGAAUGGUAGCGUUGUUACCCUUUCGCCCAGCUGUCUGUUGUUUUGUUUUUUCUCUCUUUUUUUUUUUUUUUUUUUUUAGAAAAUAUAUUUUACAAUGUUGGUCAGCCUUCCUCCAUUCAGCAGGUUGGUUUCAUGUGUCUGUUACUUUUUUUUGUUGUUGUUUUUUGUUUUUUAUAUACCUGUGUUACACCAUAGUUGUUGUAUUUGCAUUAUCUUUUUAAAGAGUGAAAUUCCUUAGGCCUGAUUGGUCAAUUCAGUUUCAGUCAGUCACCUCAGUUAGUGGAUCAUUGUCAGAGGAAAUGCUGUCUGUACACACGGCUUCUGUGUUUAGAGAUGGUAAACAAUGUCUGUAGUUCAAUCAGUAAUCGAAAGUUAAUCGACGUGGGUGAUAACAAAGAAAUCAACAUUGUAAAAUGGCAUAUUUGGAUCAGUUCUGAACAACGACUCGGCAUCUCAAUAUAUCUACAGUUCCACUAACACUGUGACACCAGGUAUUAAAGGUUGUUGUUUUUUGUGA